AUGGAUAUCAAAAACGGAAGCGUCACUGAUAUUUUAUCCAAGGCCAAUGCAAGGAUUCUAUUCUGUGCAUUGGAUGCGAUCGAUGGUCCGAAAAUAAUUGUGUGGGAUCCAACUCUUAUCAAACAAUUCAACUUAGUGACAACAACAGAACAAUUGAAACAGCACAAGGUUGUAUCUAUGCUGCAGCUAGAUCUUUCGCCAAGGGUACCACAAGUGGAACAUAACCAUAUCGUUUAUAUUUUAUCGACAUCUAAUUCAUCAGUAAUCAAUAAGCUAAUUGCAUGUCUCAAACACGCUAGAUCCGUUAAUGAUAGUCGUCAGCACCACGCUUUGGUAGUCCCAGAAGCCUCAUUCAUGAUUCGGGAUACGUUAAAACAGGACCGAGAAGCAAGCUCAGUCUUGAAAACACUUGAAUCAUUGCCAUUGAGACUUUUUCCACUCUACAGUGAUUUUCUCACUCUUCUUAUGGAUAAUUUGCCGUCAAAACUUCUUUUAGAUAGCGAUUGGACAGAAUUGCAAAAAUGCGCUUCAGCCGUAAGACAGCUUGAACUUUUAGUGGACUGUUUGCCCAACUUAAGGUGCAAAGGAAAAUGGGCGGCGCAAGUAGUUGAAAUUGUGAAGAAAAUGAGAACUCAGGAGGAAAUGGAGUCUGUGUCGGGGCAUAAUGAUUUUCAAAUAUCGGAUAUUAUCUUAAUCGAUAGAUGGAUUGAUCCUUUGACGCCUAUGCUGAUACAGUUAACAUACGCUGGUUUAGUUGAUGAAAUAUUUGAUAUGGGUGCCACAGGUAACAUUAAGACAUCAAAAAUAAGGAACGCAAGUGAUUCAGCUGAUGCUGCUAGUGAAAUACCCUUGCAUGACCCACUUUUUAAACUGAUCCGAGAUCUUCAUAUCAAAGAUGUUGGAAAGCAAAUAGGAGAAACGCUAGUAAUGCUUCGUGACGAACGUGUGAGAUUAAAAGAGAAUCCACCGAGUGAUUCGUUAGCAGAAAGCAAAGUUUUUGUUCGCAGACUGCUUGACAUGCAAGGAAGCGAAAAACAUGCCGAUACUCAUACACUGAUUGCCGAACAUUUGAUGAGCUUUAUUCGUGAUGAUUUGCGGUACUCCACCUUUCCAAAAUUGGCAAUUGAUAUUGUACAAGGAGAAUAUGGUGACCGAGUAAUUCCGCAGCUUGAGAAUCUUAUUCUAGAAGCAUACAAUCCUUUAAUUGUUUUGCGUUUCAUCUCACUUCAAUGUAUGGUUACUGGUGGUUUCAAGAAUGCUACCAUUAGUACUUAUGAGAGACUUUUUAUCCAGAGCUAUGGUGGAUAUUACAUGUCAUUGUGGAUAAAACUGCAAGUAACUGGACUUUUGUGGGAAAGAAAUGGCAAAAUAAAAUGCGAAUAUGCUCCAUUUGAUUUCCAAACAGCAUGUCACCGGAUGUCAUGCUUUGUCGAUGAAGAGCACAGUGCAUACGGAACUACGGCAUAUCCGUAUAAUGGUUACGUACCUUUAAUUGUUCGGUAUAUCGAAACGGGUAUACGAAACAAUUGGCGAGAUUGGACAACGAUUCAGAGCGAUGAUCAUUCAACAAUGAGUCACGGCACUUAUUCCAUCAUUUUCAUUAUUGGCGGUGUUACACAGGCUGAGUUGGCAUGCCUUAGGAAAAUACGUUUUUCAAAUAAAUUAACAAUGAAAACGGUUGUUUGUCAAGAAAAUUUAUUUGUCGGAAAGAUGACUGAGUAUACAGGUCAUAUUCAGAAAAUGCAUGAAAAUAUAACAAGAAAAGUGGAACAACUGGUGACCGAUAUGACACGACAACUUAUCGCAAGCGCCAACAAUGACGAAGAUGUUGAAGUGGAGGUAAAAAUGUUGUUUGGGAAAGUUAUCGAUAAUCCAAGAAAUGCAACUGGUCGGAAUUCCAUAAGCAAAAAUCUUUGCCCGAUGCGAAAAAUUCCUGGUUCCUUUGACGCUACUGUUACUAUAACUGAAGCGUCAUCAAUGAGCCAUGGAGAAUCCAUUAUCAGUCACUACUCAUCACCAGUCCAGCAAAUUACAACCGAAGAAGACGAGACAUCGGUGAAUGGAGAGAUCGAAAAGAAAGAUUCAGCAAGAAACUCAACAUCGUUCAACAUCGUUACAUUCCAUGGAUUUCAAGAGAAGAGAAAAGAAUUUGUGACAUCUUAG